GCCGGCACGCAGAGCUGACCGGCCUGGCCCCCGCGGCCCUCUCCCGCCUCUCUCCCAUUGUGUUGGAAUCCUAAAAAGAAAGACUAUAGCAACAACAAGAAAAAGACUAAGAUUGUGACAAAGACCCAACUGGGUUCUCUUGGUUAUAAACUCUUCUCCAUCUGGUGCUACAACAAUGAGUGGGAAAUCCCUGCUCUUAAAGGUCAUUCUCUUGGGUGAUGGUGGAGUUGGGAAAAGCUCGCUCAUGAACCGUUAUGUAACCAAUAAAUUUGACUCCCAGGCUUUUCACACCAUAGGGGUAGAGUUCUUAAAUCGAGAUCUGGAGGUAGAUGGACGUUUUGUAACUCUCCAGAUCUGGGACACUGCAGGGCAGGAACGCUUCAAGAGCCUUAGGACACCCUUCUACAGGGGAGCAGACUGCUGCCUCUUGACUUUCAGCGUGGAUGACCGGCAGAGCUUUGAGAACCUUGGUAACUGGCAGAAAGAAUUCAUCUACUACGCAGAUGUGAAAGACCCUGAGCACUUCCCCUUUGUAGUUCUGGGUAACAAAGUAGACAAAGAGGAUAGGCAAGUGACUACUGAGGAGGCACAGGCCUGGUGCAUGGAGAACGGAGAUUACCCUUAUCUAGAAACAAGUGCCAAAGAUGAUACUAAUGUGACAGUGGCCUUUGAAGAAGCUGUCAGGCAGGUGUUAGCUGUAGAGGAACAGCUGGAGCAUUGCAUGUUAGGUCACACUAUUGACUUGAACAGUGGUUCCAAAGCAGGAUCUUCAUGCUGUUAA